AUGGACUUUGGCGACGCGCUCGCCGAAGGGUCGUCUCAUCGAUCCGAGGACAGCUCCACUAGCACUCGCGAGCUUCACAGUCAGCAUAUUCACGAUCUCCAAUUGGAGGUCAACUCCCUGAGGCUUCAGGUGCAAGCACUCAGGUCCGAUCUACAGAAUCUACAGACUUUGGAGGAGUCCCUUGCGCGCGCCUGGGUGAACCAGACGGGGCAUCACCAACGCCUCUCGUGGAUCGAGAGGCUCAUCCAGGACUUGCGCAACGCCUGCAGGGCCUUUCUUGAACCGCGAGAGCAUUUGGGAGGUCCAGCCGGAUCUUCAGGUGCUGCCGCCUCGCAGGACCAGACUGCAUCGUUUUUGCAGUCUCCCGACACCUUCUUCAGCAAGUUGGCUAAAGCCGAAGAGGAUUUCCCGGCUUUGGAUGCAAGAGCAGUGCUCAUCAGGAAUUUCUCUUGGAAUGAGACGCUUAAGGAUAAUAGGGCUUCAGUGAUUCUCCUCCCUUGGGAGAGGGGGCCCUUUGCCUGGGUCUUUGGUCAUCCUAGCAAGCGUCCCCGCAUUCCGAUGCCCUACGAUCAUGAACCCGUGCGGCAAUCCGGCGCCCCGAGUGCUGUGCCUGCGCUGAAGCAAGUGCCUGACUUUGCAAAGAAACGCCUCCAAAUUGUCGCCAUGAUGAAAACCUCGGACUCCGCCAGGUGGGAGGCUCUUCGUAAGUUCAGGGUUCUCGUCAUGCUCGAGCCUGGUGUCACCGAGCUAGGAUGCAUUCUUUUGGCCGAAGCUUCCUUGCUCAAGGAAGACCAACAAAUUGCAAGAACUUUCGGUGAUGUUUUCAGUGGGAAAGCCACUUCCACCCUAGUGAAGAGGGCCUCCGCUUUGUGGUCUUUCGCCAAGUGGACCCUUGAUUCAGGGUAUGGCAAUCCUUUCACCGCCGGAGAAAGGAUCCUGUAUCUGUACUUACAGGAGCUCGAAGCGAAUGCGCGGCCUACCUCGGGAUCUUCUUUUCUCCAGGCCUGGAAUUUUGCGGCGGGAACCUUGCAAUUUAAGGAUCAGGCAGCGCUGCGAGCCGUUUCUUCUCGUGUGAAGGGCUUGGCUCUCAAGAUGUACCAAGGCAAGCGUCGCUUGCAGCAGGCAAUCCCUUUAACUGUGAAACAGGUCAAGGCCUUAGAGUACGUGGUGAUUCAUGCGCCGUACUGCCAUUGGAAAGUCAUUGCUGGGCACCUGUUGUUUUGCCUCGGUGCUAGUGCCAGGUUCGGCGAUUCGCUUUGGCUGGGAAGCCUUAAUGUGUCCUCCCACCAGGGCCUGUGCUUGGUUGAAGCCGAGAGCUCCCACUGGAAAACCGCACCCGUGGCAUCGCGCAAGUCUCAGCUGUUGCCCAUGUGUUCGCUGGGAAAAUUCUUUGCUGACAGCAACUGGGCUGACUUGUGGAUGAAGGCUAGGGAGGACUCUUCUCUGGGUUUGCAUCCGGCUCUCCCUGCAUGGUCUGAGAGCGCCAACUGUUGGCUGGACAGGCCGAUGAGCACCGGGGAAGCAUGCUGCUACCUUAAAGAAUUCCUGACCGCGGCCGGUCAGAAGAUCGAUGGCAUUGGUACUCACAGCUUGAAGUGCACGGUUUUAUCCUGGGCUGCGAAAAGCACGACCGUCCCUCUGUCCGACCGCCGCCUCCUAGGGCAUCACGUGGACCCAGCUGUGAUGUCUCCCUUGACUUAUGCCCGAGACGAACUCACUCGUCUCAUGAAGGUCGUGCACGACUUGAUAGUGCUCAUACGGAAAGGAGCGCUCAAGCCUGACGAGUCCAGGGUGUGGCGCCUGGCUCAGCUCAUCAAGAAUUCAGAUGGUUCCGAGGCCCUCCUCGAGCGCAAGGAGGCGUCAGGUUUGACUUUGGGCAGGACCAUGACGGCGGCAGAGCUUGAUGCUGCCAAGGACUGUAAGAUGCAUGUCCAUUCCAGAGGUGAGGUCGUUGAGCUACAGCUGUACCUCUACCUUUACAGGGUUGCCGUCGAUCAACUCAAGCUGGGGUGUUGUUUCCGCUGGGAUGUCGACUUGAGAAUGGGAGCCAUGAAUUCCACCUUGGACUCCGCUGCUGCAUUUCAUGCACGUGCACUUGAGAUAGGUUUGACUGCUGAGUUUCUCAAGCUGCUGGAAGACGGAGGAGUCACAACGAUGGGCACGCUAGCCUUUAUCUCACCUUUCCAGGUGGGCCACUCAGACGAGAAGCCUCUGAUCGAUGCCCUCAAGACAGUCGUGAAGCGUGAUCUCACGCAGAAGGAGCUCUUCGUGACAAGGCGGCUGUGGUACGAGGCCUCUACCACGGCAAUGGGAGAGCUCAAACAGAAGGUGGAAAGGAACGACUCAGCAGAACCAAUCCGCUUGGCUGUCGCUGAGAGGACUACGCGAAUCGAGGAACAACGCAAGCGCCUCAACGGGGUGCACUUCUCCAGUGACAGCGAGCCGAGCUAUCGCGUCACAGAUCUCGUGUUUCAGCAAGGCACCGACCAACAGCUCAUCUGGCUUCCUUGGGAGAAAUACACCAGCAGGGCACAAGAGAUCGUUUCGAGCAAAUCCGACUUAUCCAUCAGCUUUGACAAUGGUGGAAACCUGCGCUUGAACAAGAAGUUUCAGGAUGCCCAGUGUUCUUUGACUGGCGAGUUGCAGGUGCGUCAGGCGCUCCAGCGCAGAUCCUUGUGUUACGAUCUUGCGCAACUCUGCUCCUAUUCAGUCAUGGAAGCCUACCACGAAGAGAUGUUCUCUCUUCUCUCACGCCCACCAGUGCCGGGUCGCAUGUGCAUCACCAUGGGCCAAGUCAAGGAGGCUGACAAGGUUCUUUUCCUCAAAAUUGCAGAAGAAACCAGAGGUGCCCUUAGCGUGCGGCCUGACGGCUCCAAGCCGAUGGAGCUCCAGCUUCUUGCCCUUAAAGCUCACCCCCAGGUGCAGUUCUGUGUGAUCCCCGGGCGGCGCCUGAUUGCCUUUGACCUCACCGCCCUCGCGAGUGACGCUGCCAGCCGAGUGCGAGGGAUUCUGUGUGAGUUUGUCAACGCCGAAGCACACCCGGAGUUUAUGUACAGCACCAUUGCCAUUUUCGAGGAACUUCCCGUAGGCCGUCACAGAGAGGCCAGGUUCGCUGCUAUCCACUUGACGUCAUGCGAGCAUGACGUGUGUCAGUGGAGCGGCCACCGCACCGUGUUGGUUGCUUUCAGCACUCGUGGUGUAGGCGACCUGCCUGCCAAGGAACGCAGCUUCUUGUGCAGUCUCGGCUUCAGGCUGCCCGUUCCAGGUUUUACCAAUAUGCACUUGCAAUCCGACUUCGACUGGGAGCCGGACCCAGAUGCGGCCCAGUCCGCCGCAGCUGCUGCACAGCAAGUGCCAUCAAUAGUCGGCAUUUUGCCGCCCCCCCCACAGCUGCCGCUGCCUUCACCUUCGCCCCGUAAUCCGAGCGAGCCCUCAGUCUCGCCUGCACCAUGUGACGCACAAUCCUUAGAUGCCUCGACCGCCGGUGCCACACCUGCUUUCCCGCCCGCCCCUCCUGCAUCUGCUGCCAGCCGGGGUCAGCCGACUCCUCUGUUCGUCGAGGUUUUCGCUGGGUGUGCCAGGCUGUCUUCUACCUUUGCCGCCGCAGGUUUUCAGGUGCUCGCCGUCGACGGGCCCCGCAACAAGCAUUCGCCUCUGCAUCAGGUAUGGACUCUCGAUCUGACAAUUCGGCAUUGUCAGGACGCGCUUGUCAAGCGUCUCCUGUGCUCACCCGUGUUUCUGGUGCACAUUGCGCUGCCUUGCGGCACUGGCUCCCGGGCACGGGAGCGCGCUUUGCCAGCACACCUCUUGGCGGCUGGGGCGCCUCAGCCACAACCUUUGCGUUCCAGUCAACACGUGCUUGGCCUGCCGGAUCUCUGCCCCAGCGAUCAGGCCCGCGUGACUUCAGCUAAUCUUCUUUCAGAGUUCACGAUUAGGCUGCUUGCAUUGUGCCAUGAACGAGGCUGGCAUGUCUCCAUCGAGAAUCCGGUCAGGAGCUGGAUGUGGUCUGUGCUGGCCCACUUCACUCGCCAGCUCAAAUCCCCGGCCUUAGCCUCCUUCUUCAACGACCUUCACACUGUCGAUUACGCCCAAUGCAUGCUUGGGGGCGCUAGGGAUAAGGUUUCUCGACUGCUCACCUCGAUGCAAGCCUUGUGCCCACUGGCUUGUGAGUGCGAUAAAAAGCAUGCUCACUUGCCCUUUGCAGUAGCUCGUGCAGCAGGCCGCUGGACCUUCGCUACAGCUUCCGAGGCCGAGUAUCCUCCCCAGUUGUGUGAUGCUUUCUGUCGUCUUGCGAGUAAUUCUCUGCCCUCGUGUCCCACGCCCCUGCCUCGGCCCACGGUGCGGCAGUCUCGCCGCGCACCGCAGUUAAUCCCCGAAUUUAAGGAGUUCCGGGAUUCUAGGCCCACCCAGGGUGAGUUUCGCGAGCUUGUACGUGACGGGGGCAGCGACGGAAGCUGCUCAACUUUCGGCAUCUUUCACACAAAGCAGGAGUUCACCCACAAGGCCCUUAAGCUUGAUCAUCCCUUCGACGACGCAGCAGCGAUCGACGACAGCACGAGAAGAAACAUUUUCGAUCUUCUUACCAAAGGCCUUUCGUCUGUUGCUCAGAAACGCAUCAAUGCCAUAAAGAAGGUGAAUCAGAUGGCGAAGGAGCUCUCAGUGGAGGAAGCAAGGUUUCAAACUUCGUUACCACAGCAUGCUCAGGAGGUCUUGAAAGGCAAACGCAUACUGCUGUGGAGAAAGCUGUUGCAAGAAACUGGUUUCCCAGAUGUUUCGGUCAGUGAGCUCAUGGAGGGCGUCGACCUAGUCGGCAAACCGACCAAGUCGCCUCUGUUCGAGUGGAAAGAGGUCCCCGCGACUUCUUCAGUGCAAGAUCUCCUGGACUCAUCUGUUUGGCGUAAUCACGCGCUUCAGAAGUCGCCUGAUGUCGGCGACUCGGGCGAUCUUACGAGCAAGCUUUGGGAAUGCACUAUGCAGGAGGUUGAUAAGGGUUUUCUCAAAGGGCCAUUCCAGUCGGAAGAACAAGUUCGGGCAGCGCUUGGUGAAGAAGCCGUCUGCUGCACCCGAAGGUUCCUUGUCGUCCAAGGUAGUGCGGAGAAUCCGAAGUUCCGGCCCAUUGAUGAUUUUCGAGAAAGUGGCAUCAACGCAGCCUUUCAUUCCCUUGAUCGCCUGCGUUUGCACGACGUCGACUUCUUCAUUACCUUGUGCCGUUUCAUUUGCACUGCUGUAGACGAGAAAGGAGUAGUUGUGGUGUUCCUCAGAAACGGAGAACAACUUCGAGGGAAACUCAGCCCGGAUUUUGGGCGAGACUGCGCAUGGGUAGGGCGGUGUCUCGAUUUGGAAAAGGCUUAUAAGCAGGUCCCUUUGGCGUCACAGAGCCUUAGGCUGGCGGUACUCCUCGUUCGGGAGCCGCUCACGAAUGCUUUUCGCUUCUUCGUCAGUAACUCCCUGCCGUUCGGGGCAUGCGCGGCUGUAUACAGCUUUAACCGCAUUAGUCGUAGCUUACUUCAUCUUGCAACCACUCUUUGUGGUGUUAUUGGCGGCGUGUUUUAUGAUGAUUUUCCCUUAAUUGAACCGGCACUGACCGCCAGGCUAUGCUCUGUUUCAAUUGAGGCGCUGCUUGACACUCUCGGGUGGAGGUACAGCCGUGACAGCGAUAAGGACAAGCCGUUCGCAAGCCAGUUCAACUUGUUGGGGGUCCAGCUUUCUCUUGACUCUCUUCAUCUUGGCAGCAUCGCCCUGGAGAACAAACCAUCGAGAGUUGCAAAGCUUCUGCUAGUCGCACAACAGAUGUGCGCAAGUGGCGAACUCUCGCGAGCAGAGGCCAUGUCUUUGCAGGGGCAGCUCAACUUCAUGGUCGGCUUUGCGUCAGGUAGAUCACUCAAGCUUGUUUGCCGUGCACUUUCGAACCUAGUCUACUCCAACCGAGCCUGGACGCGAGACGAGAUCAGGCAACUGGGAGGUUACCUUGAGUGUUGUCUCGAGGCUCUUGUGCCAAAGUCGAUGUGCUUGAAAGGGGGCUCACGGCCCCUCGUGAUUUUCACUGACGCCGCCUAUGAGCAAGGGGUUGCUACUUGGGGUUUAGUGGUUCUUGAUCCCGACUCGGGUAGGCGCGAAGUUGCUGGGGGUCAAAUCCCUUCUUCCUUGAUUGAUCUGUGGCACCAGGACACAGAGGAUCAGAUUAUCGCUCAGGCCGAAGCGUUUGCUAUGGUGAUUGCAAGGGAUUAUGCGGCAACCUUCGCAAAGGGCCGUAGGGCCUUUUUCUUCGUUGAUAACGAGUCCGCACGAUAUUGCAUGAUCCGCGGUAGCAGCCCCGUGAGAGCGCUAUUGGCGCUGGCUCACGCGUUUUAUGCAAGCGAGUGCAGAGACCAACUUAUCACUUGGAUUGAGCGUGUGCCAUCGGCAUCUAACGUCGCAGACCUUCCCAGUCGCGGCGAGUGUGCGGCUGCAGCCAGGAUGGUAGGAGGGCGUGUCAUCAACAUUGACAGUAUUGUGAAAAUCGCUGCUCAGCGGUGCUCGGAUACCAGCGCUCUGCCUUGGAGCCUCUUGGCGUGCCACUUCAAGGGCCCUGUUCCCGCCUUUCACUUCUCGUGA